AUGGUGACCACGCAUGCAACGGGACAGUCCCGAUUUAGCAGAAAGCACUUCGACAACUUUACGUUGGACAUUAUAAACAACACCUUGUACAUGGACAUGGUAACGACCAGGACCAUUCACCGGGGCUUUAAGGUCCUCCUCGACUUUCAAAUGAGGUUCGAGAAGGGCACAAGCUACCAGCGCCUAUUUGCUCACAUCCUAGACCCGUGCGCAGUCGUUUCUUCGGUGAGAACCAACAUCUUUAAGAGCUGGUUCGACAGCAUGCUGCGCCAUGGAAACUUCAUGUACAACUGUCCUGUGCCCAAGGGGCAUUACUUCCUGCAGGGCUGGAAGAUGGACUCAACGCAGGUGCCGCACUACAUGCUCCCUGGAAACUACUGCGUGUCGGCACACUUCUUCUAUGGGAAGCUCAAGACGAAGCAGGAGGACUUUGUUUUAGACUUGAAUGUCUAUGCCGCUUUAAAAGCCUAG